AUGUACUUCAGUUGGGAAUCCAUACCAUAUGCCAAACCUCCUGUGGGAGAUUUACGUUUUGAAGAUCCCCAACCGUAUGAUCAAAUAUGGACGUCGGAAUUCAACGCUACUGUCUUUCCACAAUACUGUAUGCAAUGGUAUCGGGAUCAUGGUGUCAAUAAACUUCGUGGUCAAGAGGAUUGUUUGACCCUGAGUAUAUACACCCCCAAACCGAGAGGAGUUCAAUAUCCCGUUGUGGUAUUUCUGCAUGGGGGCCAAUUUAUGAUGGGUGGUGGUCCAGAAUUUGAUCCAGAACCCUCAAUGAUGGGUGGUCGUUUUGUUAUGAUCAAAGUCAAUUAUCGUCUGGGGCCAUUGGGUUUCCUGAGUACCGCUGACCCCACACUACCCGGUAAUUAUGGCCUAAAGGAUCAACUUCUUGCUCUGCAAUGGGUUAAAGAAAAUAUUGCUGCCUUUGAUGGAGAUCCAAAUAAAAUUGUUCUCUUGGGUCAUGGGGCUGGGGCGGCUAGUGCCCACUUACAUAUGCUGAGACCAUCAUUGGCGAAUAUUGCCAAGGCGGCAAUAUCAAUGAGUGGUGUGGCCUUGAAUCCCUGGGCCAUCAUUGCCAAUCCACGGGAAAAUGCCAAUCGCUUGGCCAACGCGGUGAAUUGCCCCACCACCAAGGGUAGCCAGGCACUGAAAACUUGUCUAAAAAGUCGCAAUGCCACAGAUGUAGUAAAUGCCGUACAAACCCUCCUGAAUUUCGGCUACAAUCCUAUGGUACCCUUUGGCCCAGUCGUGGAACCUGCCAACGCACGAAAUGCUUUCUUGACCCAACAGCCAGAGGCCAUAAUAAAAUCUGGACGUUUCAGCCACAUCCCUUGGCUGGCAUCGUAUACCAGUCAUGAUGGCAACUUCAAUGCUGCCGAACUUUUAAGAAUUAAUCCCCAAACUGGAACGGAAUAUAUCAAUGAAUUGAAUCAAAAUUGGUUAGAUUUGGCACCCCAAAAUCUCUUUCUACGGCACAUCAGUAGUGAUCCCCGUAGCUAUGCUAAAGGACUAAAGGAUGCCUAUUUGGGGGAUGAUGAAUUUUCGACAAAAACCUAUAAUGAAGUGGAGGCAAUGUACACAGAUGUAUUGAUGAAAAUUGGUGUCCAUAAGGCGAUGCAGCUGCAUAGUCGCUACUCCAAGGCUCCCGUUUAUGGUUAUAUUUAUGAUAUACCAUCGAAUUAUGCCAUCGGUUAUGAUUUAGCCUUGAGAACGGAUAUACCUUUUGGCGCCAGUCAUUUGGAUGACAUAACACUGCUGCUGAGACCCGUUUUCCGCAGCACCGCCAGACCAGAUGAGGUUGUGGUAUCCCAGAGACUGGUGAACUUGUUGGGUGAUUUUGCUGAUUUUGGUGGCCUCUCCUACGGAACAUGUAAUUUUGAGAGAAACACUGCAGCCAAUGCGAAUAGCUUGAGAUUGUUACGGAUUAGAAAGGAUUCGUGUGAAACUGUUAUACAGGAUGUCUAA